GCGUCGUCCCUUCCUCACUUCGACCAUGUGCCCAACUGGCGAGAUCUGCUCGGCCCUAGCCUCCAUUCGAACGUUUUCGGGGAGGUUCCUGACGACGGGUAUCAUAUCAGAGUUAAAGCACUAGAUGAUGACUCGUUUGCUGGAGAUGCG